AUGUUUGUUAUCAGUCCAACCAACUUGGCUCUCCUCGUUACGCUUGCGAGCCAUGCCCUCGCUACUCUCAAAGGACAUUCGUUCUCCUUGAUGCCUCUGGGUGACAGCAUCACGUGGGGAACAGGCAGUUCAGACGGGAAUGGAUAUCGCGGCAACUUGCUAUGGGCACUUGGGAAAUAUGGAGCUCGUGUCGAUUUCGUCGGAUCACAGCACAAUGGUAAAAUGAACGACAACGACAACGAAGGCUACCCGGGUCGGUGGAUCCAUGAUAUCCAAGGAUUUGCCGAAACAGCCCAUUCGCACGGAUACAAUCCUAAAGUCAUUCUGCUUCACGCAGGAACGAACGACUGCCAACAAAAUCCCGUCAGCGGCGAUGACUUGCGCACGAGGUUGGAGACGCUCACUAGACGUCUCACCACCUUGUGGCCACAGGCGACUGUCAUUGUGGCCUCAAUCAUUGCAAGUACUGACGGUAACGUCAAUGCCAAUGUACAGAAACUGAAUGCUCAAAUUCCAGGUAUGGUUCAGCGCCUCGCUGGGCAGGGCAUGAGGGUUGCACAUGCAGACAUGUCGAAAGCUCUUACACCUGCGGACAUGUCUGAUAAGCUCCACCCAAAUGACAAUGGUUACGUCAAGAUGUCACACGUGUGGCUGAAGGCACUGAAUGACAAUUCCGGCAAAGGAUGGUAUUGA